AUGAAAGUAUUACUCGUGCUCGAGCAAAUCCACGAACAACGGGAGCGCAGAAACCUUCUAUUUCUCUCGCUCCCUCUGGUUGUCAUCUCGCAACAGUACUCCACUCAGAGGGCAAAUGUGGACACAGUUCCAGCCUGGUACCAAGGACACCCCAAGCAGAUGAAUCCUGGCUACGGUUAUGAGAGAGUUCAAGGAGCCUCUCAAGCGAACAUGAACUACCACAAUUAUCCCACAUUUGGUGCCAAUCGACCAGCGUAUCCUGAGCUGACUAUGGGCGGAGUCGCACCAACUAGACGAUAUCCUGUUGGUGGACAGGAUAAGCCACAUCAGACCUCGCUUUCGCGCUAUCAUCAACUUCUCUUGAGGAAGCAGGAAAAGAUGCGGAAAGAGAAACUCCGGAGGACUAUAGCGGAAAUGAGAGGAGCCCUUCCACAAUCACUGAAAAAUAUCUACUCUACCAUAAGGCCUAUUCCUCAAUCUACAGUUUCACUACCCUUGGAUCAGACAGACUUCCGUGAAAAGCAGUCAGCUAAAUGGAGGACUUCUAUUCCAAAGAGGGCAACUACAGAAUCUGAAUGGAUGCCUCCUAAGGAAACGACGACGGUUAUCGUGCCAACUAUUCCAAGAAACGUUGCAACGACGACUUUGGAUCGCAUUUCGUGUUGCGUGUCGUCAACGUCGGAAACAACUUCUGCUCCAAAAUUUUCACUCAUGGAAUAUCUUUGGCCAAAUGCUGAACUACUGGCUGCAAUAAAAGACGUCGUCGCUAAAUUCAAAGCCUCCCUAGAUGAGACGGGCAUUGACCAAGACGUGAGACUGAUGGGAAGCCAGCUGAGGAACACAUGGCAGCAGCUAAGGACGGGCCCAAUGAACGAGCAAUUGGUAACCAAAGACCAUAAUUUGUCUCUUGGUCUUCUCAAAACCGCCCUGUGUACAGAGGCGUUUAGUACGUACGAUUGUACGCCUUAUGUGUUCAUAUCAUUGUUUUGUCCCAUGCUUUAA